AUGGCGCCGUCGAUCCACAACGAAGACUUCUCCUCCACAGUCCCGAGUGUACAUUCCAGCCGCUAUGAUGCCCCUUCAUGUAGAGUCGGAAUCAACGGCUUCGGUCGCAUUGGCCGCAAUGUGCUGCGUGCAUCCUUGGUCCGUUCAGACAUCGAGGUCGUGGCCAUCAACCACACCUGCAAUUCCAUCGAGGACCUGAUCUACCUCAUCCGCUAUGAUGGCACGAUGGGUCGGAUGGACCCGCACAAAGAGAUUGUGGCUGUCAGCGAUAGUUUAAUCACCAUCGGCGGCCAGCCCAUCCGGCUGAUCUCGGAGCGGGAUCCCCGACAGAUCAACUGGCGCGAGUUGGGCGCCGACUUUGUGGUCGAGAGUACAGGCAAAUUCACCAAGCGGGACUUGGCGUUGCAACAUGUCACCCACGGCCAGGCCAAGCGCGUCAUCAUCUCUGCCCCCAGUUCGGACUCGGCCACCUAUGUCUUUGGCGUGAACUCGGACGCUUAUCGCCCGGAUGACCACAACCGGGUCAUCUCCUGCGCCAGUUGUACCACCAACUGCGUCACCCCGGUCCUCAAAGUGCUCAACCAGCAGUUUGGCCUCGAGCAGGGCUUCUUGACCACCAUCCAUGCGGCCACUCAGUCCCAGCAGGUCUUGGACGGAUACAGCAAGAAGAACCCUCGCCUUGGUCGGACCGUGUUCGACAAUAUCAUUCCUACGACGACGGGUGCUGCCAAAGCCAUUGCUACCGUGCUCCCGGAGCUGCAAGGCAAGGUGACGGGUAUCUCCGUCCGGGUUCCCACACCUGACGUCUCACUGAUUGAUUUGACCAUCAACACUGCCAAGCCCACCUCCUUGGCGGAGAUCCUGGCUGCUUUCCGGCGGGCGGCCAAGACCGAGCUGGCGGGGGUGUUGAGUGUCAGCGACGAACAGCUAGUCAGCAGCGAUUAUAAGGGCGAGAGCUGCUCCGCCGUCAUCGAUGCAGCGGCUUGCAACGAGUUGAACCCUCAGUUUUUCAAGAUCAUCGCGUGGUAUGACAACGAAUGGGGCUACUCCAAUCGUCUCCUGGACUUGGCAGUCUUGGUCCACACCCAAGAGGAAGCUUGA